AAUGGGCAGUGCAGCAUGCAGCCAGAGUAAAUGCUAAAUCAGACAGGGAUUGUAUCAGGGAUAAGAUUGCCUGCAAAGCGCUCAUCCUGAGGAGGCACACUGCUCGCUCACGCUUCUUAUGCUGGGAAAUUUCCACAUAAUGUAGAAUGAAAGAGCUCUGUUUUACAUGUCAGCCCUGUGCGGGAGCUAAUGCUGAAUACACAGCAGUGGGAUCCUGACUACGUGAUUAAUGAGAAACAUAAUGUAUUUUGUUACUGGACCUAACAUGCUGAGAGACUUCCAUGGCUCCCAGUAAAGUAAGAGUUUCAACUGUGCUGGAAAUAUUAAAUCAGACCUAGCCUAAUUAAGUUCCUAGGACAAAGACUAUAUUGUUGUAAGGUGCCUUGAUACAAGACCAGAAUGUACCUAGGCUGACUGAAGAGCAGGCCAUGAAAGAAUACGGAAACCUUAUGGAGUUUGUGGAGUAGCUAUAUUCUUGAUUAUAACUGCAUCUAUGGAGUGAACUGAAAAAUCAAUUACUCCCAGAUCUCUGCAGCUGAGACAGUGUUGCAUUCAUCCUCUUCAAAGUGACAAGCAACUGUUAACAUUACUAACAGCAAAACCUAUGAAAGAAAGGCUUACAUUGCCACACAGUGUAGUUGAUCCUCAAGUUGUCUCAGGAGAGUCAGCUGGAGCGAGGCUGGUGUGGCUGGAACCCCAUUCUGAGAGUUCCUUUCCAGGUACAGGCAAGAAAGGUCUUGCAGUGAUGAAGCUCAUAUCGCAGCUGGUUUCAGUAGAACCUCUUGAAUGCGCUACAUCACAGAGUGCAUGAACCUCAGUGUUGCAUGUGUGGCUUUGCACCAUUUAAGCUGUCUGUGCUCACAACACAAUGCUGUAUUGGCUGCUGGACUACACUUACAGGUGGUACAUGCCAGAGCCCUGCUCUUCCAGCCUUAGUGCGUCCUCCUGCUCCACCCUUGCAGCCGUCGCUGGAUAUUAAACCAUUUCUUCCGUUUCCUCUGGAUACUGCAGCAGCAGUCAAUCUCUUCCCCAACUUCAAUGCAUUGUCCUGUCCCAUAACAGAACUGCUUGUGCUUGCAGCUUCUCCUGAGAACUGCCAGAUGGACCCAAUUCAAAAAGCUGUAAUAAAUCAUACAUUUGGGGUUCCUCUUCCUCAUCGAAGAAAGCAAAUCAUAUCAUGCAACAUUUGCCAGCUGAGAUUUAAUUCUGAUAGCCAGGCUGCGGCCCACUACAAAGGCACUAAACAUGCCAAGAAGCUCAAAGCACUGGAAGCCAUGAAAAAUAAGCAGAAAUCUGUUACUACCAAGGACAGCGCAAAGACUACCUUCACUUCCAUCACUACCAAUACCAUCAAUACCAGCUCUGACAAAACAGGCAUUGGAGAAAAACUAUUGCCUGAUCAAGACGUUACCACAGGGACACCAGCAAUAUCAACGACGACAACCUUGGAAAUCCGGAAGAGCAGUGUUAUGACAACUGAGAUCACCUCUAAAGUGGAGAAAAUCCCCACGACAGCCACUAGCAGCACCACAUGUCCUUCCGUUGAGACUGAGGAAGAAAAAGCAAAAAGACUGCUGUACUGUUCACUAUGCAAAGUCGCUGUCAACUCUGCCUCACAGCUGGAGGCGCACAACAGUGGGACUAAGCACAAAACUAUGCUGGAAGCUCGGAAUGGAAGUGGAACCAUAAAAGCCUUUCCCCGGGCAGGCGUAAAAGGCAAAGGACCUGUGAAUAAAGGAAACACAGGCCUUCAGAACAAAACAUUUCACUGUGAAAUAUGUGAUGUGCACGUAAACUCUGAGACACAACUGAAACAGCACAUAAGCAGUAGAAGGCACAAAGACAGAGCUGCUGGGAAGCCGCCUAAACCUAAAUACAGCCCGUACAACAAACUCCAGAAGGGAACACAUCCUCUAGGGGUAAAAUUAGUAUUUUCAAAGGAACCUUCAAAGCCGAUAGCUCCACGAAUCUUACCAAAUCCGCUAGCAGCUGCAGCAGCAGCUGCUGCUGUGGCUGUGAAUUCCCCCUUCAGUCUUCGAACAGCCCCAGCCGCUACCCUUUUCCAGACUUCAGCACUUCCUCCAGCACUCCUACGACCAGCUCCAGGGCCUAUACGGACCACCCAUACUCCCGUGCUGUUUGCUCCUUACUGAACUCCAAACAGGAAUUAACUGCAAUAAUUUUUCAAAUCAAAACAAACAAAAAAGAAAAUCAAGAACAUUGAACUAUGCAGUGUUUAUUUAUAGUUUAAAGUAUAUAUGAAGAGCCAGGACUUUUGAUAGAGGACUCAACAAAUUCUAAAAGGGGGAAUGGGCAGUAUUUUCUCCAGAUGAGAGCAUUCCUCUUCUGAGCAUUGAUCGUUUUAGAAAUGAUCUCCAGCAUUGACUUGUAGUGACAUAUAAAACUUAUGAAGCCUUUUGACUGUGCUUUUUGGCACAUAUUUCCCUGCAAUGUCUUUCCUGCUUUAUGAAACAACUUACAAAUUUGUCUAAAGGGCAUUAACUGGUUCCAAUGUACAUAAAAUACUUUAUUCUGUAGAUUAAAGAAGAAGGAAAAAAAAAAAAAAAGAAACACUGUGAAUAGUAGUACCCUUACCAAU